CCCUUGGAUUGUGAAUAAUGCAUAAGGUUGUUUCGGAACUUAAAGUGACUUUGAUAACAUGCUGAUACAAAGAAUUGAGACUGAGUGAAAUUAUGGUGGGCCAUUCCUUUUGGAGAAAUAUAUAAAAAGCAAUCAUGGUCAAGUCGAAGUCUCUCGCAAUUUUAUUUUAUCAUAUUUGUGCGCAUGGCUGGCUGAGUUAUGCCGCUGUACCACCCACGGCCUAUAUUGCGUUUUUCUCGGAAGAGAAGGACCAGCAAUCACGUGCUGCCGUACAAUCCGCUAUCAAUCAAGUGAACUCGGACACAGGCCUUCUCGCCUCAACAACGCUCAGACUUGUAGAAGGAACCGAGAACACGACAUCUCUAGCCUAUGCUGCUAACCUCACCUCGCAUGGGGCCCUGGCCAUACUGACCGACUCACAGCCCUCUCCUUCUCUUGACUUGCUGAGUGCAAUGCUUGCUGUUCCCAUGGUAACCACCCAGCCAAUCGCAGCAAACUCUACUCUCAGCAAGCGAGGCAUCUCAUUGGCUCCAAGUCGUGAUGACGUUUUGAAGGCGAUCGCUGAUAUUGUCAAGCACUACAAGUGGUCAAGUCUGCUUGUGCUCAGCGAUGUGCGCUGGUCCGAGCAAGCCCGCCGACUGCACUCCCUCCUCCCCUCUGAUAUCGAGAAAGCAGAUGUGAACAUUGUGCUGGACUAUCCCGGGAAACUGUACGAGGAAACCAAGUCCGUACUCAAUAAACUAAACAACAAGCUGGUGGAGGCGAUCAUCUUGCUUUGUGACGCGAAAUAUGUCUCUGUCGUCAUGGACGGGGUUCAUUCUCCGUCAUCUAGAGUGGUAGAGCGGUCACAUAAUUGGAUAUUAGCGGACAUGCUUCCCUCUUUCAACAUGAUCGUCGAGAAAAGCCAGAUCGUUGUCGGUCUCACGCCAUCUAUAUCUGCCAAUCAGCACACAACACGUCUGACGUCAGACUUAUCAACCAAUGAGACCACGACUAAGAAUUCCUCGUACUUCUUGUACGACUCCGUGCUGACGUUUGCGCAUGCCUUGGAUGACGUCAUCAAGAGCGGGCGAUGGGUCUCGUAUAGCCCUGUACACAACGUGGAGAAAUCCAAGAAUGCCAUAACCGUACUGGACACCAUGAAAAAGAUAAAGGUGGUGGGAACUACAGGUCAAAUUCAUUUUUCUUCCGAGGGAGAGAGGGGUGGAGAGAUGCUGGACGUCAUGAAUCUGCGUAGCAGUCGUUUUAUCAAGGUAGGAACUUGGAACUCAACCCGACUGGUCAGCGGCAGCCUCGAGUCUGAUACAAACCAAGAUCACGUGGUCAUUCCACUACAGUACCUGAACCGGAAGUUAAAAGUCGUCUUGGUAGAGGAUCCUCCAUUUGUGUUCUCGGAAGUCAAGGAUGGAACCCGCCAUUACACCGGUUACAGCAUCGAUCUAAUUACCAAGAUCGCCGAGCUGUUGUCGUUCAAGUUCUAUAUAGUGGAGUCACCGGAUGGAAAAUAUGGCGGCAGAAACCCCGACGGCAGCUUUAACGGCAUCGUCGGUGAACUUCAGAGACAGAGAUGCGACAUGUCCGUGUCCCCCCUGACCAUCAAUUCGGGCCGACUGGAGUACCUCAGCUUUGCCAAGCCGUUCAUGCAGUUCUCCAUGGACCUGAUAACGAGGCAGCCCGAGCCAAAGGGUGUGGACAUCCUCGCUUUCAUGAUGCCUUACUCUAUUCCUGUGUGGCUCAUGACGUUUGCCUGCCUCGCAUUCAUGACCCUCAUGUUGACCAUCAUCAACUACUUCAGUCCUUUUGGACACAGGUUGGGUAGCAAUGACGGCACAGGCGAAGAGUUCACUUUGUUCAACAGCUUGUGGUUCUCGCUCGCCUCCACGCUACAACAGGGACCGGAUGACACGCCAAAAUGCCUUUCAGGUCGCGUGAUUGUCGGCUGCUUUUGGUUCUGUGUACUUAUUUGGGUAUCGACCUAUACCGCCAACUUAGCCGCAUUUUUCCAAGCGAGUUCUGAAGGCCACACAGUCCAAACUUUGAAAGAAGUCUUGGAUGGUGAUUACAACUUGCAUAUUCUCUCCGACACUGCUCUCCAAGAUAUCUUCCGGGUCUCAGAAUUCUCUCUUUACUCGGCCCUUUACAAGCGCAUGGUCUCCCGCAAAUUGUUCGUGAAUUCCUCUAGUCAGGGCUUCGACCUUGUUCGCGCCGACAAAAAGAACCUCUUUAUGGACGAAAACCCUUUCUCGGAAUACCUGAUCAUGCAGAAACCAUGUGAUCUCGCUGCAGCGAAAGGCUUUAUGGGGGCCCAAAGCUACGGAAUCGCGUUGCCAAAGGGAAGUCCCUACACCAAUAACAUCUCAAUGGCGAUCCUGCAGUUACAGGAGAUAGGCUUUCUUGAGGAGCUCAGGCGAAAAUGGUGGGAUUAUCGCAGUCAGUGUCGCACCUCUAGAACUGAAAAAACGACUGACCGCUUGGGAAUGGAGCACAUGGCCGGACUGUACACUGUUCUUGCAGUCGGGUGCGUCAUCGGGAUGCUAUCAACACUUGGCGAGAUCUGGUGGAGUAAGAAAGGAGAGAAAGUGAAGGAAAAGAUGAAGAGCGUCAUGCCUCAGAUAGGAUGGAAAAAGAAAACCAAGGUGGAAGCAUUUGACGGGGACAAGUAGCUAGCUUUGCUAGAUAUUCAUGCAUGCUGCACGCGUUCAAUGAUUUUUUAGAACGAUUGUUGUCAACCUGAAUGCCUGAAACUCAUCAUAAACUCAUUAAAUUAAUUUAAGAUAUGAAAGUGGUUAUCCCGUUAGCCGUAAAUAUGUCAAUGUAAAAUGUCCAUCGAGAUAAACCUUAAACCUAUUGUAUGGACCUAAACAACCUAUGAAUAACAUGUUUUUUAAACAUUCAUUUUUUUAAAUGCCCUUGUUCUUCUGUGUACACCGACAUGAACCUGAAAGCCUUUGCUAAUCAUCUGGAACUAAUCUAUAUUGAUGAUGUUCUUCUUACAACUAUCUUCCUUUCUACUUUUUUCUUAAAACACACUAUGAAUUAUAUAUCUUAUUAUAUCGGCAACUAGGGCAUUUAGCCUGGUUUAAGGAUGUAUUAACGUUCUUUUAGCUCUCUCUUUAAGCAUGCCUAAUAAUCAACAUUAUCGUUGAAGCAAACGAAAUAAAAAAAUGACUUAAUAAAA